CUUUAUAGAUAAGGAAACAGAUUAAGUAACUUGCUCAAGGUCAUCCAUAUAGAUCCGGGACUUGAGCAUAGGUUUGUUGUCUCUAGACAUUAGACUCUGCAGAUGGCCUUUCCUUUGUUCUACAGAGUAUAUAUACAGGUCCAGCUGGUUUUGCUUCUUACUGGAGAAAUCAUGUCCCCAGCUCAACUUGGGAAUAAGCCUUUUAGUAUAUCAGAGUCAGGCACAUCAGAAUGACCUCAUCGGCACCAUUAAUGGUUAUUAACAACCCAUCCAUAGCACAUUGUUACCUGCCUUUUAUUAGUGAACAAACCGAGGUUCAGAUAGUUAAAAUAAUGUAUCCAAGACCACACAACUAGGAAAAUGGCAGAGCUGAGAUUCUCGCCUAGGCCAUAAAGCACCUAUUCGCUCAGAAAUAGUGUUGUAAUAGCAUCCUUCCCAAGACACCAUUUGGGGACCAUAUUCUGUACAUGUCUAAGUGCAAGUUAUCACUGAGUCAUAAACAAUCUCCAGUGCUUACAGGGCUCCCCAUCCACUUAACCAGCUUUCACUUCAGUGUAAAUCAUCAAGAAAAGAAGAAAAGAGGAGAAAGUGUCUAGAGAGUAAGUUUCCAGAAAGCCAGGGCAUUAAAGCUUACCUGGUCUGGGAACAAAGUGGCAAAUAGUAAUGAGAAAUCUAGGCAGUAAUAUAGGAUUGCAUUAGGGCAGAACAGGUAAUUUGACAAGGAAGUCAAAAAGAAAAGGAUUAGAUGAAAAUAAGGGGAAACAAAUCCAGUGUGAUAGUGUCCAUAGGGGUGAGGUAAGUGAACCCACAAGAGCCCAGGAUGAGGAAAAAUGGGGCAACAGGAAAUGGGAACAGAGUGAGGCAGUGCUGGGGUCUGUGUGAACUGAAGCUGGUGAAUGCCAGCCUCUUCCUGUAUCCUUAGGCCCUCACUGGAACCUUUGCCCCACCACACCCCAUCCCUGACAGCAUUCCUCUGCCAGGACUAGUUUGCUGUCUGCUCUUAAUUUUCUAUCCCCUAAGGAGUCCCAGAACACAGCAAGGUUUCAUCCCUUUGGAGGAGCUGCUUCAGACUAGGCUUUGUGGUCAAGAGAGUCCCCAUGGAGGACACAGCUGCUCAGCAAGAACAGGAGAGGCCUAGUCUUCGUCUGGAAAAGCUACAGCACUGGGCAAGACACAGGCAAAGUGGACAUCUCUUGGUGCUGGCGGUGAGUCAGCUGUGGCUGGCAGUAGCUGUGGUGCCCUUUGCUGUCUCAGUCGCCUGCGUGAACUCUGCUUGUCACAUGGCCACAGUGCUACCACUUGUACCUGGUGCCUCAGGUCUCCUCACAGGAAUUGUCACCCUUGAGCUUCGAAGAGCACCUCGCCUAUGGAAGCAUGCAGGCGUGCUGGUGCUCGAGCUCAGCGCUGAGGCCUUCAUCACAGGAGGAGUGCUAGUCUCAGCAUAUGCCCUAUUGUUGCUGAGCCGGAGAAAGCCAGGAUGCUUCAAGACCCAGAGUCUGCACUACCAGGAGCUGCAGGAGGGCCUCUCGGAGGUGGAGGAGGUUCCGAGUUUGGAGAAUGAUCCCAAUGUAGCAAGCACAGGAAACAGAACAAACGAAUAGGCCAGCAACGGGAAGCAGACAGGUCCUGGCUACACUAGCAGUGACUACAAGUCCCAUGAUGCCCAGCUACCCCGUGGCCUGCUGGGAAAUAAAGAAUCUUCCUUUUCCUCCUG